AUGCACGUGCCCGAACAAGUUACGCCCAGCAAGUUGGCGGAUUACCUCGAAAUCAUGAGCAAGUCGGUUUUCCAAUCGGGCAUUUCCUGGCGCGUUGUGGAAUCCAAGUGGCCAGGAGUCCGGGAGGCUAUGUGGGAGUUUGACCCGCAAACCAUAGCGACUCUGGGAGAGCCUGAACUGGACGAGUUGGCCCAGGAUUCCCGGAUGAUUCGCCACCGCCGAAAGCUCUCCGCGAUUUCCGUAAAUGCCCAGCGGAUGCUUGAACUGGAAGAUGAAUAUGGAAGCUUUCAGGGCUACCUGCGUUCCCACGGCAGCUUUGAAGCCACGCUGCAGUCAAUCCGCAAGGAGUUCAAGUACAUGGGCGACUCAGGUACGUAUCAUUUCCUGUGGACGGUCAGCGAAGAGGUUCCACCCUACGAAGAAUGGUGCGCUACCCACGAGAGGAAGAGGCGGUAA